AUGACACAAUCGACAGCAGUAAACAACAGGAUACCUAUCACUUUGAUCACAAUAUGUUUCGGCUUUGCUUGCAUACUGCGAAUAUUAAUCGGUUUUGGUCAUCAUUCGGGUGAAAACAAUUACCACGGCAGCAGCAAGGCGUAUGGUGGAGACUUUGAAGCCCAGAGGCACUGGAUGGAAAUUACAUAUUGGCUUCCAGUUGGUGAUUGGUAUUGGUACGACUUGGAUUACUGGGGAUUGGACUACCCACCUCUUACAGCCUACCAUUCCUACCUGUGUGGGUGGCUGUCGCAUCGUCUCGCGGGGCCAGAGACUGUUGCAUUGGAUUCUUCGAGAGGAAUAGAAGAUCCAGUUCACAAAGCGUAUAUGCGAGCGACGGUCUUGGUGUUUGACUUUCUAAUAUUUGGAACUGCGGUGUGUUAUUCGUCCUUUCGAAACGACCGAGGGUCGAUGUGGGUUUCAUUUAUCACGCUUUGUCAGCCAGCAAUACUUUUGGUCGAUCAUGGUCACUUCCAGUACAAUUCCAUUGCUUUGGGAUUUUCCAUUGCAGCAUUUGCUUUCAUUUCGCAAGAUAGAUUCCGAUCCUGCAUCUAUGGCUCCAUCCUCUUUUGCUUGGCAUUGAACUUCAAGCAGAUGACGCUUUACUAUGCGCCUGUAGUCUUCUUCUACCUUUUGGGACGUUGCAUCAGUACACCAAAACGCUUCUUUCAACGAUUGAUACUGUUAGGCGUUACGGUUCUAACUUGCUUUGGUGUAUUGUGGUUGCCUUUCAUCGUUACUGGGCCAUCAGAUAUGAUGACUACUCCACUGGAGCGGAUGAUGCAGAUUGUUAGGCGUAUCUUUCCAUUUGAGCGUGGUCUCUUCGAGGGAAAGGUUUCGAAUCUUUGGUGCGCUCUUAACACCCGUCCAAUAUCCAUUAGAGACCGUAUUGAUUCGUCGGUGCAGCCCUUGCUGGCACUUGUUCUGACAUUGAUAAUGAUAGCUCCUUCCAGCUUCGCACUUUUCUGUCUUGGAAUGAAAGGCGAUGAAAUGGCAACGAGCAAAAUCAACAAUCAAAAUCACUGGAAGAGGCUACUUUGGGGAACCAUGUCAUGUUCGCUGUCGUUUUUCUUGGCUAGCUUUCAAGUUCAUGAAAAGAGUAUACUGAUGUCGUUGGCACCAUGUUCGCUACUGCUGUGGGAAGACCCAAAAUUCGUUCUUUGGUUCUCAAGAGUUUGCGUGUGGACCUUGUGGCCACUACUCCAAGUAGACAGGCUACAUACUCCAUACUUUUGCAUGCUGAUAAUCUUUGAGAUGUUGGUACAUCUUGGUCAAGAUCAUUUCAGCAGCAAGCCGUCGGUGUUCUCGGGGAUAUUUUCGAUGAUUCCCUGGCUUACGUAUGCUAUUAUGAUUGGGCUUCAUGCUAUUGAGUUUUCCUUAGGUCCUCCAGCUGCGCUUCCAGAUUUGUACCCCGUUCUAUGGAGUGUAGUUGGCUGCGCACUGUUUUGCUUGGCCUACAUAAUCUCUUGUGCCAAAGUACUUCUGCCGGUAGAAGGCAAGAAUAAAGUGGAGUAG